AUGUUGGCGCUCUGCCUGCUCGGCGCCGUGUGGCUGGCGGCGGCUCCGGCCGGCGCGCAGAACGAGACGGAACCGAUCAUCCUGGAGGGGAAGUGCCUGGUGGUCUGCGACUCGAACCCGGCCGCGGACCCCACCGGCACCGCGCUGGGCAUCUCCGUGCGCUCCGGCUCCGCCAAGGUGGCGUUCUCCGCCGUGCGCAACACCAACCACGAGCCCUCCGAGAUGAGCAACCGCACCAUGGUCAUCUACUUCGACCGGGUUCUUGUAAACGUUGGCAAGAAUUUUGACGAGGAGAGAAGUAAUUUCAUCUCACCACGCAAAGGGAUUUACAGUUUUAACUUCCAUGUGGUGAAAGUCUACAACCGCCAAACUAUACAGGUGAGCCUGAUGCACAACGGCUGGCCGGUGAUCUCGGCGUUCGCGGGCGACCAGGACGUGACGCGCGAGGCGGCCAGCAACGGCGUGCUGAUCCAGAUGGAGAAGGGCGACCGGGCCUACCUCAAACUGGAGAGAGGGAACCUCAUGGGAGGAUGGAAGUACUCCACCUUCUCCGGCUUCCUGGUGUUUCCCAUGUAG